AUUCUGUUCGGGAGUAUUAUGGUCUGUCGGGAAUCCAGAGCGGCUGGGACCGAAGAAAAAUAUCUGCUGUGCUAGCGUUAGCCACCGCAGAGCUAACUGUAGGUAGCACUGGAGUAAACAUGGAGCUGUCCGCCGUCGGGGAGAGGGUGUUCGCUGCCGAGUCCAUUAUCAAGCGCAGGAUACGGAAGGGUCGCAUGGAGUACCUAGUGAAAUGGAAGGGCUGGUCUCCCAAAUACAGCACCUGGGAACCAGAGGAGAAUAUUCUGGACUCCCGGCUGUUCGCCGCUUUUGAGCAGAGGGAGCGUGAGAGGGAGCUGUACGGCCCCAAGAAGAGAGGACCAAAACCCAAGACCUUCCUGCUCAAGGCUCAGGCAAAAGACAAAGCCAGGUCCUAUGAGUUCAGGAGUGAAGCAGUGCGAGGGAUGCACAUCACCUAUCCGGCUCCAGAACCCGUAGUCACCCCCAGAGCGAGAGAGGGCCUGAGAGCUGUCGUUCCCACCAUCUUCCCACCCAGCACUGUCAACCGUGGAGAAAGCAUACGCGUCCGCCCGCCAGAACUUAGCCCCCGCGAGCACCAGCCGUCCCUCCAGCAAUCGAGUGUUGACGGACUCAUCCACGCACCCAAAAAAAGGGGCCCGAAGCCUAAGCCCCGCUUUAAGGACAGUAGCUGCAGCCCUGAGGCCUCCGAGCCACACAAGAGGAGUACAGAGGAGGGGAGCCACAGCCCUCACAAACUGGCCAAGUACCACGGGGCAGAAGAGAUGAGGCUGUUCAAAGUGUCCCACAGGCAUCCAGAGAACCACGGUCACGGCCAUAAACACCACCACCGACACCACCAUCAUCAUCACCACCACCAACACAACAAGGAACUCUCUGGUGGAAGCUCCUACAAGCAGCUCUACUCAGACCGUAGCCUGCAUCCUCACAGGAUGGACACAGACACACAAAGGACAAAGGAGGGAUCCACCUUCCUUGCACCUGCACAUUUCAAGCACCAGUCCAAGAUGAGCCAGAGCCUGAGUCGCCCUGCUGAGCUUCCACUCAUGGAAAAGCCUUACUUCUUGGACAGGCCGUCCCCGACCCGGCUCAAUGAAGACCUGGACGAAGUGUCAUGGAGGCCCUCCCUCGGCAGCGUGGAAAAGGUCCUGGUGACAGACGUGACCACCAACUUCCUAACUGUGACCAUCAAAGAGAGCAACACGUCUAAAGGCUUCUUCAAAGACAAAAGAUGAUUGAUUGUUUCUUUGACUGCCUUUUUUUUUUUUUACACCAUGAGGCUUUGUUUUCUGUGAUUUUCAUAAGCAUCAUUACUAAGCAAAGUGUUUUUGUACGUAGUGUUUCGAGGCAGAUUACAUAAUUUGCUGAUGGCGGUAAUGAACCUUGAAGUGGGUUGCCACCCGCCAAUAAACCGAACAAAGAAGAAGAAGUACAUAAUGUGCAUAUGUGUAUAUAUUACAAAGUUUGACAUCUAUUUAAUGUAUCGACCAAAUCAAAUGAAGUCCAUUUUACUUCAUGCAUUGGUUAACAUGAGUGAGUUGCAUGUUUCCUUUGCAGCAGCUGGCUAAUUUCUGUACAGAGCUUGUGAAUUUGACUAUUUUGCAAAUAUAACUAACUAGAAUGUAUUUUUUUCUCACUCGUAUCGUUCAGCCUGAACUGGUGUUAGUAAUCUGUGAGAAGUGAGGCCUGGAUUUUAAAUCCAGUCUCUGGAUUGAAUAUUUCUCUAUAAUUUGAACUGAUUAGACUGAAGUUACCUUGUUCCAUUUCCUAAGGUUUAUAUUUAAAAAAUGAAUUUAUCAAGCACUUUGAAUUUAAAGUAUUAGGAAAAUAGCCUUUAUUAUUUGUUUGUGUUUAUAGACCGUUUGUAAUGUCUAACAUUUCUAAUUGUGAACUAAAUUUAUUCACCCAACACGGACACUUUAAGUUUUUCCCAAGGCUCAUAUUUACUACAUUAUAUUUUGAAUUUCAUAGAAAACCUUUAUGGAGCAUUGAUGUAAUAAGAAAAUAACAAAGCUGGUGUCGUUAUGCUUUUUAGACGCUUUUCAAUAAAAAAAACUUUGGAUUUUC